GGGGGGUCUUGGUCUUUGGCUUCUCGACUCGGCCCUGUUUCGACAGCGAACAUGUCGCGGCCUGUCAGAAAUAGGAAGGUUGUUGAUUACUCACAGUUUCAGGAGUCUGAUGAUGCAGAUGAAGAUUACGGAAGAGAUUCAGGCCCUCCCACUAAGAAAAUUCGAUCAUCUCCCCGAGAAGCUAAAAAUAAGAGGCGAUCUGGAAAGAACUCACAGGAAGAUAGCGAGGACUCAGAAGAAAAAGAUGUGAAGACCAAGAAGGAUGAUUCUCACUCAGCAGAGGACAGUGAAGAUGAAAAAGAAGAUCAUAAAAAUGUACGCCAGCAGCGGCAGGCGGCAUCUAAAGCAGCUUCUAAACAGAGAGAGAUGCUCAUGGAAGAUGUGGGCAGUGAGGAAGAACAAGAAGAAGAGGAUGAGGCACCGUUCCAGGAGAAAGAUUCCGGCAGCGAUGAAGAUUUCCUAAUGGAAGAUGACGAUGAUAGUGACUACGGCAGUUCAAAAAAGAAAAACAAAAAGAUGGUUAAGAAGUCCAAACCUGAGAGAAAAGAAAAGAAAAUGCCUAAACCCAGGCUAAAGGCUACAGUGAUGCCAAGUCCAGUGAAAGGCAAAGGGAAAGUGGCGCCCACAGCUUCAAAAGCAUCAAAGGAAAAGACUCCUUCUCCCAAAGAAGAAGAUGAGGAACCAGAAAGCCCUCCAGAAAAGAAAACUUCUGCAAGCCCCCCACCUGAGAAAUCUGGGGAUGAAGGGUCUGAAGAUGAAGCGCAGUCUGGGGAGGAUUAAAAGUGAUGAUGGUUUGGGGAGAGAUUUUAUUAAAAAAA